GCUGGCGGAGCGCAGAGCUGCGAGCCAGCCCGCGAGCGAGCGCAGCUGGACCCCGCGCCGGCGCCGCGCUCUCUCCGCGCCAGGAGCUGAGCCUUCCUCGUCUCUCUGGCUGUCUGUUCUAUCCUGGUUCCUAUUUUCUCCUCUCUGCUUUUGCAGCUUCUGCCCUUGUCCCCUGGAGACCCAGGUCUGCUGAGCCCGUCCCACCCCUCUGGGGCCAUGGGGUCCCUGCUUGGGCUCCUAGCACUGUUACUGUUGUGGGGUGCUGUAGCUGAGGGCCCAGCAAAGAAAGUGCUGACCCUGGAGGGGGACCUGGUGCUGGGUGGGCUGUUCCCAGUACACCAGAAGGGCAGCCUGGCAGAGGAGUGCGGUCCCAUCAAUGAGCAUCGUGGCAUCCAGCGCCUGGAGGCCAUGCUUUUUGCACUGGACCGCAUCAACCGUGACCCACGCCUGCUGCCGGGCGUGCGCCUGGGUGCACACAUACUCGAUAGCUGCUCCAAGGACACACACGCCCUGGAGCAGGCACUCGACUUCGUGCGUGCCUCGCUCAGCCGAGGUGCUGAUGGCUCCCGCCACAUCUGCCCCGAUGGCUCUUAUGCCAGCCACAGUGAUGCUCCUGCUACCAUCACAGGUGUCAUCGGUGGCUCCUAUAGUGACGUCUCCAUCCAGGUAGCCAACCUCCUGAGGCUGUUUCAGAUCCCACAGAUCAGCUAUGCGUCCACCAGUGCCAAGCUGAGUGACAAGUCCCGCUAUGACUACUUUGCCCGCACGGUGCCCCCUGACUUCUUCCAAGCCAAGGCCAUGGCCGAGAUUCUCCGCUUCUUCAACUGGACCUAUGUGUCCACAGUAGCAUCUGAGGGUGAUUACGGGGAGACAGGCAUCGAGGCCUUUGAACUGGAGGCCCGUGCUCGUAACAUCUGCGUGGCCACCUCGGAGAAGGUGGGCCGUGCCAUGAGCCGCGCUGCUUUUGAGGGCGUGGUGCGAGCCCUGCUGCAGAAGCCCAGCGCGCACGUGGCCGUCCUGUUCACCCGGUCCGAGGAUGCCCGCGAGCUCCUUGCUGCCACCCAGCGCCUCAACGCCAGCUUCACCUGGGUGGCCAGCGAUGGCUGGGGGGCCCUGGAGAGUGUGGUGGCAGGCAGCGAGGGGGCCGCUGAGGGCGCCAUCACCAUCGAGCUGGCCUCCUAUCCUAUCAGCGAUUUUGCCUCCUACUUCCGGAGCCUGGACCCCUGGAACAACAGCCGGAACCCCUGGUUCCGUGAGUUCUGGGAGCAGAGGUUCCGCUGCAGCUUCCGGCAGUGGGACUGUGCAGCCCACUCGCUGUGGGCUGUGCCUUUUGAGCAGGAGUCCAAGAUCAUGUUUGUGGUGAAUGCAGUGUAUGCUAUGGCCCAUGCACUGCACAACAUGCGCCGGGCCCUCUGCCCCAACACCACCAGCCUCUGUGAUGCAAUGCAGCCUGUCAGUGGGCGCCGCCUCUACAAGGACUUCGUGCUCAAUGUCAAGUUCGAUGCCCCCUUCCGCCCAGCUGACACCCACAACGAGGUCCGCUUUGACCGCUUCGGGGAUGGUAUUGGUCGCUACAACAUCUUCACCUACCUGCGGGCAGGCAGCGGGCGCUACCGCUACCAGAAGGUAGGCUACUGGGCAGAAGGCCUGACACUGGACACCACCCUCAUCCCGUGGGCCUCGUCCUCAGCCGGGCCGCUGCCCACCUCUCACUGCAGCGAGCCCUGCCUCCAGAAUGAGGUGAAGAGCGUUCAGCCUGGGGAAGUGUGCUGCUGGCUCUGCAUCCCCUGCCAGCCCUAUGAGUACCGGCGGGACGAGUUCACCUGUGCCGACUGCGGCCUGGGCUACUGGCCCAAUGCCAGCCUGACCGGCUGCUUCGAGCUGCCCCAGGAGUACAUCCGCUGGGGUGAUGCCUGGGCCCUGGGGCCUGUCACCAUCGCCUGCUUAGGCGCCCUGGCCACCCUCUUUGUGCUGGGUGUGUUCGUGCGGCACAAUGCCACACCAGUGGUCAAGGCCUCUGGCCGGGAGCUCUGCUAUAUCCUGCUGGGUGGCGUCUUCCUCUGCUACUGCAUGACCUUUGUCCUCAUCGCCAAGCCGUCCACAGCUGUGUGCACCUUACGGCGUCUUGGUCUGGGCACUGCCUUCUCCGUCUGCUACUCAGCCCUGCUCACCAAGACCAACCGCAUAGCACGCAUCUUUGGGGGGGCCCGGGAGGGAGCCCAGCGGCCACGUUUCAUCAGUCCUGCCUCGCAGGUGGCCAUUUGCUUGGCGCUUAUCUCGGGCCAGCUGCUCAUCGUGGCCGCCUGGCUGGUGGUGGAGGCACCAGGCACAGGCAAGGAGACGGCCCCUGAGCGGCGGGAGGUCGUGACAUUGCGCUGCAACCAUCGAGAUGCAAGCAUGCUGGGCUCACUGGCCUACAAUGUGCUCCUUAUCGCACUCUGCACGCUCUAUGCUUUCAAGACCCGUAAGUGCCCCGAGAACUUCAACGAGGCCAAGUUCAUUGGCUUCACCAUGUACACCACCUGCAUCAUCUGGCUGGCCUUCCUGCCCAUCUUCUAUGUCACCUCCAGUGACUACCGGGUGCAGACCACUACCAUGUGUGUGUCCGUCAGCCUCAGUGGCUCCGUGGUGCUCGGCUGCCUGUUCGCGCCCAAGCUGCACAUCAUCCUCUUCCAGCCGCAGAAGAACGUGGUGAGCCACCGUGCGCCCACCAGCCGCUUCAGCACUGCCACCAGGGCCAGCUCCAGCCUCGGCCAAGGGUCUGGCUCCCAGUUUGUCCCUGCCGUUUGCAACGGCCGCGAAGUGGUGGACUCAACAACAUCAUCGUUCUGAGGACCCCACGCUCCUGUCUGCCCUGGUUGCUCUCUGGAACCGGUGCCGACCUGCAUCCAGGGCCACGAGGAAGCUGGCUGGAGCACUGCAAUAAUGCCAACCCCAUGCCCGCCCCAAAGCCGCUUUCCACCCUACUUACUCCCACCCUCAGAGCCAGAUGUCCGAGUCCUUGGCCUGGUGCCUGUGCAGUAGCCACCAGCUGCCCUUGCAGCAGCUCCCCUCCUUGCUGGCCAGGACUCGGGACGGGGCAAGCCAGGGUCACUCUGCCCUAGAACAGGGCAGCCAGGACUCCCAGCCCCCAGCCCUAGUCAGCCAAAGUGCUUCCAGCCCUGCCCUCCCUCCUCCUAGGGCCUUUUUAAUUUUUUACAUAAGUUAUUCUGGGAUGGGGAGGGGGUUAUUGUGGGUGGAGGAGCUGUCCCUCCCCCUGCACAGUAGCUUGUCCUGUAGUUUAUUUUGUAUUAUCUGCAAAUAAAGUCUUUAUUAAAAAAAAAUCACUCUUUGCCCCUGACCCAGGGAAGCCCCUCCUG